AUGGAAGCUCCCAACUUGGCCGAUGCAUCUGCUCAAUCAUUCGCGGAGCAUGCGUUGGGGCAUGGUGAUUUUUCAUCAGCAGGUACAAAAGUUCUGCGAAUGGUGAAUACCCUAGCAGUUGACGAUGAGGCAAAACAAACAAUAGAGGCAUUGCAAACCGAGUUGCGGAAGACAAAAGAGAAAUUGCAAGCGGUUGAAGAGUUGAAAAAGCAGUCAGCUGAUGCUGGCACACUGGUAGACUCCUACAUCUCUGGAAAGAUUAUGCAGUUGAAAGAGCAAAUUGCGACACUUGAAAAACGAGAGGAAAGAUACAAGACAGUUUUUGCAGAUAGAAUCUCGGUGUUCAGAAGGGCAUGCUGUGAACUUUUCGGUUACAAGAUUGUAAUGGAUGAUCACCACCGUUCAGAUGGAAUUCCUGUUACACGUUUUACCCUUCAAUCUAUUUAUGCGCAAAGUGAUGAUGAGAAGCUUGAAUUUGAGUAUGAAUCUGGGAAUACAAACAUUUUGGCCAACGAUUACACUUCACAGCCUGAGAUAUCACAUCAGGUUGAUAUAUUCAUUCGGAAGAUGAAUUCAAUUCCAGCUUUUACUGCCAAUUUGACUGUGGAGUCUUUCAACAAGCGAACUCUUUCUUGA